AUGGAAGAGACUUACACAGGGAAAGAUUUUUACGCUCAGCAUUUCGAUCCCAGGGACCAUCUGGAAAAGUACUACAACAUUAGCCUUGUGGAUGAAGGAAUGGGUCAGUUUGUAACCUUUUUCCUGAGAGGGGCCCACAGGGCAUUCACCGUAGAUGGCAUCAAGGGAGACACCCUGAUCGACAUUGGCAGUGGUGCAUCCAUCUACCAGUUCCUCUCCGCCUGCGAGUCCUUCCGGGAGAUCAUAGCCACUGAUUGUGCUGACCAGAACUGGGAAGAGAUGCAGAGAUGGCUGAAGAAGGAGCCGGGGGCCUUUGACUGGACCCCCAUUGUGAAAUACGUCUGUGAGUUGGAGGGAGACAGGGACAAAUGGCCAGAGAAGGAAGAGAAAGUCCGAAGAGCUGUCAAGCGGUACCUGAAAUGCGACGUGACCCAACCCAACCCUUUGGCCCCCUUGGUUCUUCCUCCCGCAGAUUGUCUGCUCUCCAGUUUGUGCUUUGAUGGGGCUUGCAAAGACAUCCCCACCUACCGAUUGGCCUUCAGGAACAUCAGUUCCCUGCUGAAACCAGGGGGGCACCUCCUGUUUUACUCAACCCUUCAAUCGCGCUAUUACAUCGUCGGUCAACACAGGUUCUCUAACAUUUACCUGGAAAAGGAGAUGGUAGAGGAGGCAGUGAGAGAGGCUGGCUUUGCCAUUAAAUGGAUUGAAGAGAUCAGAAUCAACUGCCCCCCAUCCAAAGCGGAUGGGAAGGGGCGGUGCAUCCUUCUUGCCCAGAAAUGUAGUGUGUGAAAAUUAGGCAGUUGUUGUGUAACACGCAGACUUCUCCAUUGUUGUGAUUUUGUUAGGAAG